AUGCCACCUUCACGGUGGAGCUCGUGCUCCGGGCGCAGGAGAAGGGCACGGCUGGACAUUGGUAACUUUUCUGGCGCUUUCGACCUUUUCUUGGUCCUCGGUUCUUGGAUGGACCUCAUAGUUGCGCUCUAUGGUUUGACGCACCCGCUGCUCAAAGCGGCGUCCACUGUUGUGCGCCUGCUCCGAGUGGUGAGAAUCUUCCGCCUGCUGCGGCUGCUGCCAGAGUUGAGGAUGCUCGUCUCCGCAUUGUUGGCCACGUUCCGAUCAGCCAGCUGGGCGGUGCUGAUGAUUGCCCUCUUGACCUAUUGUGGUGCCCUGAUCUGCACUGACGCUUUUAUGGGCAGCGCGAACGAGGAAAUCAUGUUCUUGUUCGGCUCUGUUGGGAGCAGCAUGGUCACACACGCGAAGCUCGUAUCGAGUGGCAUGGCCUGA